AUGUGCGAGGUCUGGUGGGACGAUUACCGCUUCAUUCUCAUCGACACCGGAGGUCUGGAAACAAAGCCUGAGGGCCACAUCAACGAGAGGGUGCAGGAACAAGCGGAAAUGGCCGUGUCCGAUGCCGACGUGGUUGUGUUUAUGACCGACGUGACGGACGGGUUGACGCCCACGGACCAUUUGGUGGUCGAUCGGCUGAGGCGCACCUUCAAGCCCGUUAUCCUGACGGUAAACAAGGUGGACAACGAGUCCCGCGAACUCAGCGCCGCUGAAUUCUACCAACUGGGGUUCGAUGACCCGCUGCUGAUCAGCGCCUACCACAACCUGGGCGUAUACCAGUUGAUGGAGCGUAUCUGCGCCCUCUUGCCGUACCCGGAAGAGCCGACAGAAGAGGAAGCGGAGGACCCGGCCGCAGGCGCAUUAAACCUGGCGAUCGUUGGCAGGACCAAUGUGGGCAAAUCCAUGAUGCUGAACAGCAUCCUGGGCGAAGAGCGUUCCAUCGUCUCACCUGAAGCGGGCACUACCCGGGACGCGCUGGAUACCGCGUUCAGUUACGAUGGCAACGAUGUUGUUCUAGUGGACACCGCCGGCAUCAGGCGGCGAGGCCAGGUACAACGGGGGAUAGAACAGUACAGUGUAAUCAGGGCCGUCAACGCGGUGAGCCGAAGUGAUAUUACGUUGUUGGUCACCGACGCCACGGAGAUGGCGACCGCUCAGGAUGCCCAUAUAGCCGGGUUAGCUUGGGAUAUGUGCCGCGGGUUGGUGGUAGUGGUGAACAAGUGGGACUUGGCCCGGGACGGAGACCGUUAUGCCCAGCACAGGGCCGAAGCCAGGGUAAAGACCCGCCUUCAUUUCAUGCCUUACGUCCCGGUCUGUUUUACGUCGGCGUUGCACGGCCAGGGUAUAAACGUGGUGAUGCGGACCGUGCUGGAACUGCGGCAGGAGCGGUCCCGCUUCGUUCCGGCCAGAGAACUGCAAUACAUGCUGGCGGACGCCUUGGCGAGUCACACACCGCCGCCGGUGAAGAGGCGUCCUCGGGAGAGGCUGUUUAUCAGCCGGGUGAGACAAGUUGGCGUAAACCCUCCUACCUUUCUCUUCACGGUCAACAGUCCUGAUCUAGUACACUUCUCUUAUCAACGGUACUUGGAAAAUCGUAUCCGGGACACCUUCGGAUUCGACAGGACUCAUUUAAGGUUGGUGUUCAAGAGACAAUGA